AUUAGGUGUUUCACUUAUAGCCGACCAGACAUGAGGCUUCACCGCUACAUAUUCCCGCUGGUCAUCUGGUCAGUACUGAGAACGUUGACGUUGGCUAAGGCAUCAGUAAACACCAGUCUUGAUCCGAAAGUCACGACAAGUCAAAGUUCAGAGUAUGAUGACGUGCACACAAGUACCAAGGUAGUGGAUGGCUGUACUAUCCAGAGGCACAAUAGUGGUUGUUGCUCACAUACACAAGCGACUCCUGCACUUUAUGAAGCUUGGUGGCAGAUUAGCCUUGGUGAUCAGGUCGUCAUCGAAUACAUCCAGAUAUAUUACAGAGAUGAAAUAUAUCAGCAAAAAGCUCGAUUCGCCGGUUAUCAAAUAUACCUGUCAAAUACAACAGGUUUGAGAAACAGUGGCAGAUGUUAUACAGACACAACUUCUACACAAAAUAUGGUGGACCUAACUCCACGACUUACAUCAUGUACAGGCAACACCCGAUACCUGACAAUUUACGUCGACCGUCAAACACUAGCUUACUCUUGGUACUCUACACAAGCUAUACUGGAGCUCUGUGAAGUACAAGUUUAUGGUUGUGCAGUAGGGAAAUAUGGUGACGGAGAUUGUGAUUCAAACUGUGAUACAACCUGUGUUAGUAGCCUGUGCCAUCCUAACAGCGGUCAGUGUUCAUACUGUGCGCCGGGAUUUUAUAAGUCUGGGCUUGUUUGUACAGCAUGUUCGACAAAUUGUUUGAAUGGCGUGUGCAAUGUGGAGUCCGGUCUUUGCUCAGAAUGUGUGCCUGGUGUGUAUGGCCCCAACUGCACUCAGACCUGUUCUGUCAGCUGUCAAGACAAGUGUGAAAGAAACACCGGAGAGUGCAAUGGUAUAGAUAUUUGUUUCUUGUUUAAAAUAAAUCACAUUGAAUAUGAAUGUGAAUUUCAUAAAUAUUUGACUCGAGUUCUGCUCUAGUUGUUUAAACACAUAACAAGGAAUUUACAUUUUAACUUUUUUAUUUCAGCAACUGUAUACUAUAGCGUUAUGCGUUCCUAUAAGUUCCUAUGUAUAAUGUACGUUACCUGUCUUGUCUAUGUCACGUGAUGUUCGUAAUAUUUAUUGUUUAAGUCACGUGUUGUAUGUUACCUGUAGUGUCCAUGUCACGUGAUGUCCUCUACCUGUGUUGCAAGCAUGUAUAAAAGUGUGUAUGCUAGUGUAUCCUCUUGGUUUUAUUGGUCAGUAGUCUGUGUAUGUAUUUGGCACCAAAGCUACUGAUUCUGCACAAACACAUGACGUUGAAUGGACGUGUAAACCAUUGGGACAAGAUACUGGAGACAUUGAAGUAUUCGGUUUGUACCAUUAUGAUUUUAAAAACAUGAUGGUAAGCAUAUUAAUUCUUGCUGAAAUUAACAUUGUACAAGUUAAAUCAAUAACUAACUAUUUACUCAUCUUUUUGA